AUGGGUCCUGUUGAGACUUGCGCUGCAUCAAGUGCUACUCUUCGUUGUCCAGCUAACUCUGUAAUUGUCGUUACAAGUGCUGAGUAUGGCGUAGCGCAAAUAGCCGGCUCAUGUACUUACACAGCUGGUGAUUGCGUGGCUGAUGCUAUGAAUGCCAUUGUAUGUAAUACAGAUUCUCUCCAAUGCAAUGUAUACGCAACCAAGAAGAAAUUAUCGGAAUGUAAUGAUCAAUACAGCAGUUAUCUUCACGUCGAAUAUGACUGUGUACCGUUACAAAUGAACGAUCCAGCGAGAGAAUACAAUGUUUGUCAAAAUGGUAGCGAAAUAACAACUGAUAAUGGUAUCAUCAAAUCACCCGGUUAUCCAUCACAAUUUCAAUCCACUUCAAAGGAAUGUUUUCGUGCCAUUCAUGUACCUGAGGACAAGACCAUUCGUUUAUGGUUAAGUGAUCUAUAUAUUCCAAUGGGAACUGGUUGUCUCAAGGACUAUGUUUAUGUAGUCGACAGUGUGCAAACGUAUAAACAUUGUGGUACCAAACGAUAUGCAUAUCCAUACUUAUGUUCAUCAACAGUUCUCAUUCAAUACUAUACACUGACUACAUCGACGUUUUAUCGUGGUUUAAGAAUGUACUUUGAAAUAGUCGAUCGAGUGUCAAAUGAUCGUUGUCCGAAUUCCACUGCAACAAUUACACCAGUUGUACCAACAACAACACUUUCAACAACUGUCUCGCCAGAUAUAACAACAACUGUACCUAUUUAUGUCAUACUUGGUAUUGCUUCACCUGUCCGAAGUUUUCAACUUUGCAAAGGCGAUUCGCAUAAAAUUGAAUGUCCCACCAACUAUGUCGUUACUGUGAGGGCAAACAUCUUCGGUGUUACUUCAUCUGAUCAAUGUGAAGCUCAUGAUGCUGCUAGACAUUGUGUCGUGGCCACAGAGCCCACCUUCUGGUGUUAUCAAAGUUGUACAUACACGUACACAGGUAAUCGGCCACUUUCCUCGUGCAACAACAAACCUGCCACUUAUCAAUAUGUCGAAUAUCAAUGUAUUCCGAGAAAUGCUCCAGUUAUAUCAACUAAUACACCAUGUCCAACAGAUGGGUCGAAAGUUCCAAUUAAAGUCGACCGUCGUGGUCGUUUUCAAAGUUACAACUAUCCGACGUUUCUGACGAUGAAUUGUGUCUACCGAUUUUCAACAAAACCCGGUGAUAUUAUGCAUUUCUAUUCAAUCGACAUCAAUCUAAACGAUUGGUCAAAAGAUUGUAAAUCGAAUAAAAUCUCAUUUGUAGAGGAUGGUGAGACUGACGGUCCGUCAUUUUGCGAAGAAGAUCAAACGACUCUGCUUUAUUCGACAUGUUCGAACGAAAUCGACAUGCGCUAUUCUGUUACUGACGGUAGUAUGCUAUAUUCCGAAGGUGUUGAAUUAUACAUUGAAAGUCAAGCACGUCCAUCAGAUUGGUCAUGUGGCAAACCGGGAUCAACCAUAACUACUCCACGUCCUUCACCCACAACGCCAUUUACUACUCCAACAGCAAAACCCCUAACAAAUGAAACAACGAUGACCGCUCGAGAUGAAAUCGAACACGAUAUUUGCUAUACGAAAUCAUUAACUCACACAUGUCCAGCAGGUUAUACAUUCAUGUUCAUUGAUGCUUUUUAUGGUGUUAAAAGUCAAUCAUCAAACAAAUGUGGAUUCGUUCAAGGUGACUGUGUGCAUGAAACAUUAUCAGCACUUACACAAUGCAAAACCGAUGCAGCAAAUUGUUACAUUUCUUAUACAACACAACGUCGACUUGCUCAAUGUUUAGAUAAAUAUGCCGACUAUCUACAUAUCACUAGUCAAUGCGUUCCUAGCAAAUCAGCUGGCGCAACAGCAACCAUUCGAACAUAUGACAUUUGUGAUACAAACAGUGAUAUCGCAGACUUUAAUGGUAUCAUAACGAGUCCUGGCUUUCCAACAUAUAAACAAUCCAAUGGUAUUUGUAAACGAUCAAUUCUCGGUGUGCCAGAUCGAGUUCUCAAAAUUUGGAUCAAUGAAAUGGCUACUGCAACUGGUGGACAACGUAACAUUGAUGAUGAAUCAAAUGAGCCGAAUUUAGUUCUAUAUAAAACUUAUGAAAAUGAAAAUGUAGUCAAACGCAUUGAACAACACCCAGCCAUUCGUGACACCUGCGUGGACGAUUAUUUGAUCGUCAAUACUCCACAUGUUUCUUACGUUUACUGCGGCAAAAGAAAAUUAGCCAUAAUGCCUAUUUGUGCAUCACGUGUAGAUAUUCAAUACAAAGCUUCGUCUCCACCGAAUAUUUUCUAUAAAGGUUUCAAAUUCUAUUUCGAAUGGGUAGAAAAACCUGUUGAAAUUAACUGUGGCGGCAAUCCUGGCCUAUCAACAACAACACCACUGAAUGAACCAGUUCCUCUCUGGGCACAAAAUCUGGAACUUUCGCCUAUCCUUUCUCACCAAAUCUGUCUUGGAAAUUCACAUACAUUACGAUGUCCUCGUGGAUCGGAUUAUGUUCUUUCAAUCAUCGAAUCCAAUUAUGGUGUGACUGGUACAGGCAUAUGUGAAAUCCCAUCAUCGACGCAUUGCCAUCAAGAAGCUGCACUCGACUUGACAUGUACGCAAUCGUGUUACAUCGAAUACGAUCUUCCAAAGCCGUUAACACAAUGUGGACUGCAAAAUGCUGAUUAUAUUAGCAUCGAUUAUGAGUGUAUUCCAACACGUUUACCAGACAAUGAGAAUCCGAUUGAUAUAUGUGCAUCGACGUCAACAGAUACAAUUGCCAUGAACACAGGUAUGAUGAUUAGUCCACAGUAUCCCAGUCUAGGUGCAGCACGUACGUGUUCGAAACGAAUUGAAACAUUGCCAAGCAAAUUAUGGAUGGUCUUUGUUGUCGAUCUGUUCUUGGAAGGAUCGAACGAUGCUGGUGACUGUAAUGCGGCAUCCUUAACAAUCAACGAUGGAAACGAUCGAAUUGUUCUUUGCGGUUCACAGCAACCUCAACUUGUUCUUGUCAGUUGCUCGCAUAUUGUAGAUUUUAAGUUUGUUUCAACUCAUCAAGCGCUUGGUUAUCGUGGUUUCAAAGUUUUCUUUCAAACAGUUGAUGUUCCCGAUGGUUGGACAUGCAAACCCAGUGGCUUCACAACAACAACGCCAAGACCAACAACUCCUCGACCUCCAACUACGAUAAGUCUUUUACCUCCUAGCGCUCUCAUUGGUGCUUAUGGUGGUACAACGAAUGGUACACGUCAAUAUUGUAAACUUCCAUUUACCUAUCAGAACAACACGCAAACCGUUUGUUUAAGAUCUGAUCCACCAACUACUCCACCAAGUCAAGGCAUGAAAGGACCGUGGUGUUCGUUAACAAGUAACUUCGAUACAGAUCGUCAAUGGGGUUUUUGUGAACUAGGUAUAACUGAUUCAACAACUUACGACAUAUGUCGUGGUCAAUCUCAAAUUCUUCGAUGUCCAGCUGGUUAUGUCAUUGAUAUCGUCACUGGUGAUUAUGCUGCUAAACCUGAUGGAAACACUGGUGCUGGCGCUUGUGUAUAUGAUCAAAAUGAUUGCUUUCAAAGUGAUUCACUAACGAUUCAAACUGUCUGUGCCGGUAAACCAACAUGCACAGCAUAUCACUUUUCUAAGACUUUAACAGCGUGCCAAAAUCGACCAACAGCUUAUUUUCAUGUUACUUACACAUGUAUUCCGAAUGAUAUAGCAGAAAUUAGUGUUUACAACCUAUGUAACAGUGGCACAUUACCAACUGCUGAUGUGGAACGUGGAUUUCUCAUUUCACCAAAUUUUCCUAAUACGCAAAACAAUUUCAAUUGUGCGUUUGAACUGAAAACAGUUAAACCACGUCAGGACAUCUAUGUCUACAUUGUCGAUAUGGAUUUGAACAGUCAGCCUAUACUUGGACAAGGAUGUCUAAAAGACCGAUUGAUCGUUUCAGCUGAUAAUAAUAUCAUGGAAAUGUGCGGCCGAUCAGCGACAAACUUCUUACUGAAUACAUGUCAUUCAUCCGUAACAUUUCAAUUGAUUCGAGCAGGUGAUGCAAAAGGUCGUGGUGUGAAAUUCUAUUUCGAAUUCCGUGAUCGAUCACCCGAUGAAACAUGUCCAAUUUUAUAUUCAACAACUACACGUGCAUCAACAACAUCAGUAUCGCCACAGACAACGACUACAGCACCGCUGCCAAGUUACUUUCCCGAUCCAAGUCCCCGUGAUUUCAAAACUUUAUGCUUUCCAGAUGUUUCGUCCUUAUUUGGUACAAAGAAUUUUCAAUGUCCCAAAGAUUACGUUCUGGUCAUCCUUCGAGCAUUUUACGGCAAAGGUGGCCGAUGUGCUUACACACCCGGUGAUUGUACAUCAGAAGCUGACAUCGUCUAUCGUACAUGUGCAGGUAAACAAGCAUGUUCCGUUCCGUUUAUCAACCUUGUCACUCUGAACGAAUGUAACAAAGCAACGGCUAACUAUCUUUUUGUUGAAUACCAAUGUCUACCAACACCGUCAAUUGCUGUGUCAAGUUCAGAGCUAUGCUCGGGUCAAUUAAGUACUAUUACUGGAACUUCUGGUGUCCUACAAAGUCCAUCAUACCCAACGUACUUUCAAACAACUUGUCCUAAUGUGACCUUAAGUUCAGAUUCAAGUAGUCUUGUCGUAUACAUGUAUUUGCUUGAUAUGAGUGUGGCUCAGCCUGAUCUAAGUACUGGCGCCUGCACUAAUGACUAUCUAUCAUUAUCUUAUCAAUGUAACAAUCAGUUAUUCAGCGUCAAUUUAUGCGGCACACGUCAAACCGAAUUACUAUUUAGUACAUGUUCACCAACUGAUAAAAUCUUCGCUUCAUAUUCGUUACUCAAUUCCGACCUAACAUCAUAUCGUGGUUUUGCUUUAUUGUAUCAACUCGUACCACAAUCUGCUGCGAUCACGACUACUACAACACUAAAACCUGCAUCAACGUCAACGACAACAACGGCUAUUAUUGGACCUGGUUCAGUAAGUACACCGAAUCAAAUAGUAACAACAUGUGUUCAACAGUCUAUUACAUUACGCUGUCCCCAGAACUACGGUGUUAUUGUUCAUAAAGUUGAACUUGGUGUAAGUGCAACUGGUAGUUGUAUUUAUUCGAAUACAGAUUGUUUCGAAGAUCGCAGUAAUCUAUACAAUCUUUGCGGCGGAAAACCUUUAUGUAACAUAUUUCCACCACUUAUUUCACUAAAAGGAUGCAACAAUUCCAAAUCAAACUAUCUAUAUGCUGAAUAUCAAUGCAUACCAUUACGACCAAAAUUCAAUGUUGAUGUAUGCGCAUCAGCAGCACCUCAAAAAAUCGACGGUGGUAUAAUUGUUUCUUCGGUUAACUACACAGCAACAUAUAAACAAUGUGGUAUGCAAUUACAAUCCUCGAAAUUAUUGGGUAAUCAAGCUCAUAAAGCAUUCCGAAUUUACGUUGUCACAUUGAAUUUACCAUUACGAGCAAUGAUUCGUGAACAAGGUGCACAAUGUAGCGAUGAUGAUCCAUUCGUCGAAAUCAAUGAUCCUGAGUCGGGUGUCACACGUCUAUGUGGUAAUAGUCACACACGAUACCUGCUAGAAACAUGUUCAGAUACAGUCAGCAUUCGAUUCAAUAAUGUUCAAAUGAACACAGGUACGGCAAAAUAUAAAGGUUUCGAAAUAUAUUUUGAAUCAAUUGAAAACGAAAAAUGUCGUCCACCAACAACACCGCCAGUUCCAACCGCUCCAUUUAUGAUUCAACCCGUUACUGCUUGCGGUUUAGCUAACGGACGUGAACGUGUUAGUUUCAGUUGCACACCUGGCUUCGGUCUUACCUUCUUACAAUCGUACCAGUACGUUACAAGCCGACCUGAUCAAUGUGAUGCUACGCAAAAUACAUGUUUCUUCCCGAGUGAACAACCUGGAGCACAGUGUGCCGGUCAAGAGUCGUGUUCAUACACUCAUACCAUGUCGACAGUACCAACAUCAAGUCUCUGCACUACUGCGCCAGCCGAUGCAACCAAAUUUUAUUAUCAAUGUAUACCAAUGAGACCAACACCAGAAUAUAGAACUUAUACAUUGUGUACUGAUACAGUAGCAACAGAAACCAUGGGAUUUAUUCAAACAACAGGUUUUCCUCGUACUUACCAAUAUGGUGUUCAAAAAUGUGCCUUACGUAUUAAAUUGCCAGAUGCAGCUAGUGGUACGAAAUACUCGGUGUAUCUUUAUGUAAUCGAAAUCUCCUUACGUGACGGAUCAUUCAUCAGUCCAGACUCGACUGGCGAAUGUACUGAUUCAAUUAAAUAUUCUACUGGUACUACAGAAUAUCAACUAUGCGGAAAGAUCGAUCAACCAUCAUUAGAAUUCGAUUCCAAUCAACAAGAUGUGAACAUAUCGAUAGAUAUUCCAACGCCAUUAAGUGAAAGUCAAUGGAAUGAAUGGCAAGGUGCACGAUUAUUCUAUAUAAUCGGACGUCAAGAUUUACCAUCUCCACCACUGGUACCAAUAGUCACUUCGACAACAACUCGAUCACCUGAUACGACAACAUCAGAACCUACUGUUACUGAAACUUCAAAACCGUCCAAACAUGGCUCUCACGGUGGUCUCAUUGCCGGUAUUAUUAUUGGCGUGUUAGUUGUUCUGGGAGGUAUAGGUGGUUUUCUUUAUUAUCGUCGUCAUGUGGCAUUGCGAAAUAGUCAAUCGCCUACAGUUAGUUACGGUUCUGGUGCAAUAACAAUGGAUGAUCCAUUGAAGAAUGGCAAGUCUGGCAAACAAACAAGUAGUGUUCCAACUGGUUCAUUGAAAGGAACACUGAAAAUUGUUAGUCCCUUUUAUCAAGCAUCAACUGCGACAGAAAAAGAAGAUCCCGAUGAAAUAACAGACGCUUAG